AUGAGUGCUAAGCGAUCACAACCCGAUUGGUCGCCACCGGCGGACGCGCCGAAGACCGCGAAGAAUAAGCUCUUUCUGUACAACUCGUUGACUCGAUCUAAGUGCGAGUUCCGGGCCAUCGAUGAGCGCCGCAUAACGUGGUAUAACUGCGGGCCCACUGUCUAUGACUCCGCACAUAUGGGACACGCGAGGAGUUAUAUCUCCUUCGAUAUCAUCCGCAGAGUCCUCCAGAAGUACUUCCGGUUCGAUGUAUUCUUCGUCCAGAACGUCACUGACAUCGACGAUAAGAUCAUCCAAAGAGCGCGUCAGAGGUAUCUCUUCGGACAGUACUGUCAACGCAUUGGUGACCAGAAUAGGGAUCAACUCGUGGCUGACGUCCGACAGGCUAUCGGCGAAGUGGAGACCAAAAUGGCGACCGAAGCGGACGUCGACAAGAAGCAGAUGUGGACUAAACUAACUGUCAACGCAUUGAAUAGGGAUCAACUCGUGGCUGACGUCCGACAGGCUAUCGGCGAAGUGGAGACCAAAAUGGCGACCGAAGCGGACGUCGACAAGAAGCAGAUGUGGACUAAACUCAUCGCUUCAGCCAAUGAUAAUCUGGAGGACAAAAACCUGAACGUAAAGACACUUCUGGAGCAGACCUGCAUCAGUGAUAUACUAUCGCAACGGUUGGAUCGACUGCACGGACAUGAAGUGACGGAUCAUUCAAUCUUCGAGUCCCUGUCCAGACGUUUCGAGCGGGAGUACAACGAAGACAUGUCUUCGCUCAACAUCUUAGCGCCCGAUUCGGUGACUCGAGUGUCAGAAUUCAUACCUGAGAUCGUGGACUACAUCCAGAAGAUUGUGGCAUUACCCAUGCCGAUACUUCGCUUGCCAAGGCACAUAAAGCUAUGCUGUGCUAAGCUACCUUUCCUAGUGGUGAAAAUGCGGUUUAAUCAAGGCCUUCGCAAGCCACUAUUGUUCCGAAACCGACUUCGGGAGGGCGAUCUGUCGGCGCCAACCCAUACGUCCGAUAAGCGCAGUGUCAAUGACUUCGCGCUCUGGAAGCUCUCCAAACCGGGCGAACCCUAUUGGCCCUCUCCGUGGGGGAACGGGAGGCCGGGCUGGCAUAUAGAGUGCUCGGCUAUGGCCUCGUCGCUGAUUGGCUGCCAAAUGGACAUACAUUCGGGCGGUUAUGACCUGAAGUUCCCGCAUCACGACAACGAGUUGGCGCAGUCGGAGGCCUAUUACGACACCGGGAAGCCGUGGGUCCAGUAUUUCCUGCACUCCGGGCACCUGACCAUCAGUGGCUGCAAAAUGUCUAAAUCGCUGAAGAACUUCAUCACCAUUAAGGAGGCGCUCCGGAGGAAUACGUGGCGUCAGUUGAGGUUUGCUUUUCUGUUGCACUCCUGGAAGGAGACCCUCGACUACAGCGACAACACUAUGGCUGAUGCCAUACAAUACGAAAAGUUUGCCAACGAGUUUUUCCUGACUGUGAAAGACCUGAUCCGUACCAGUAAUGAGUCAGUGGUUAAGUGGCAGCAAAGGGAACGGGAUUUGAAUCAAAAAUUCCAAGAGUCGAUCGAUUCAGUGGACAGCGCUUUAUGUGAUAACAUCGACACCCGGACGGCGUGCGAACACAUCCGCCGACUGAUCGCCGCCACCAACACAUACCUCCAGGACUGCCAGCCCUCCAGACCCGCAAAUGUGGCGCUAAUCAAAAACAUAGCGCUUUAUAUAACCAAUAUAUUCGACGUCUUCGGUGUGGGCUCUAAGACACAGACCAUUGGAUUCCCUCAGGAGAGCGCCGAAGGGGGCGAUCGGGAGGCUAUCGUAAUGCCAUUCCUCGAGAUAAUCGCCGACUUGAGAGAACGGUUCCGCGCGAAAGCCAUGUCCUCGAAGGACACGGAUUUGCUGAAGAUUUGCGACCAAUUAAGGGAUGAUAUACUGCCAGAGGUUGGCGUACGGCUUGAGGACUACGAAGUGGGCGAUGGGGUCACCAAAACGCGGCUCAAACUCGUCGAUAAGGAACAGCUGAUGAGGGAAAGGGAGGAAAAGCUGAGGCAACAGGAGAUGAAGCGCUUGGAAAAGGAGAGAAAAGCGUUGGAAAGGCUGGAAAUGGAGGCUAAGAAAGAGGCGGAGGCGCGGGUCUGUCCGCUCGAGAUGUUCACCGCCGAGACGGACAAGUACUCGGCGUUCGACGCGAAGGGAAUGCCUACUCAUGACGUGGAGGGCAAAGAGUUGGCCAAAUCGGCGCUCAAAAAGUUGGCGAAAGUAUACACAACUCAAGAGAAAAGACAUAAUCCAUGCGUUAAGUGUAAAGCCGUUUGA